GAGCAAACUCAUUGACAUAAAUCUCUCUCUCUCUCUCUCCCUAGCCCCAGUAUUUUGUGUCCAUUUUUAGUAAGCAAUAGGCACACCCACACACACACACACACAGAGAGAGAGAGAGAGAGAGAGAGAGAGAGAGAGAGAGAGGGAGAAAGAGGGAGGGAGGGGGAGAGAGAGAUCAGAGAUUUGUGACUAUGGAUCACGGCGGAUUUCUUUGUAGUAUUUUUGUUCUGUGGCUUCUCGCAUCCAGCUUCAGUUUCGGUACUCUUGCAGGAGCCCAAGGCAUUGGUGUGAACUAUGGAAUGCUGGGCAAUAACCUUCCAACACCUGACAAGGUGGUUGCCCUCUACACCUCAAGAAAUGUCGAAAAGCUUCGAAUUUUCAACCCUGACCUCAAUGCUCUAAAAGCUCUUGAGGGUUCCAAAAUUGAAGUCAUCCUAGGAACAUACAAUCAAGAUCUCCAGAGUCUCGCUAGCAAUCAAUCCUAUGCCACCAAUUGGGUGCAAACCAAUGUAAUCCCUUUUGCAAAUUCUGUUAAUUUCCGCUACAUAAAUGCUGGAAACGAAGUCAUCCCUGGUGACCUUGCAAGCCACGUCCUCCCUGCCAUGCAAAACCUUGAUGCUGCAGUGAAAGCUGCCAAUAUUUCAAUUCCAGUUACAACAGCAGUGGCAACAGCAGUACUAGGAACAUCAUAUCCUCCAUCUCAAGGUGCAUUCUCAGAGUCAGCAAGUUCCUUCAUGGCACCAAUCGUAGCAUUCUUGGAGGCCCAAAAGUAUCCACUUCUUGUCAAUGCUUAUCCCUACUUCGCCUACGCCGGCAGCCCCAACGAAGUCCGGUUGGAUUACGCUCUAUUCACAGCUCAAGGGGUGGUGGUGAAGGAUGGCCAAUUGGGCUACACCAACCUCUUUGAUGCGAUAGUGGAUGCAACGUACUCGGCGUUGGAGAAGGCUGGAGGAAGUAACGUUGAAAUUGUGGUUUCAGAGACUGGUUGGCCGUCAGGUGGCGGUGGCGUCGGUGCAACGGUGGACAAUGCGAGAACGUAUAACAAUAAUAUGGUGGCUUAUGCACUGAAUAAGACAGGGACACCCAAGAGGCCGGGGAAGGGGAUCGAGACGUACUUAUUUGCUAUGUUUAAUGAGAAUCAGAAACCUGCAGGGACUGAACAAAACUUUGGAUUGUAUCGCCCGGAUAUGACUGAAGUUUACCAUGUUGAUUUCUCUUCUUAGGUUACCUUUGAAGCAGAUAGCUUGAUGAGUAUUAGGUAGAGGAAGUUUAUGUUUGUAUCAGGUCAUCCCUUUUGCUGUAGGCCAUGAAAGAAUAAAAAACAGAUUUGUGGAUUGCAUGCUGA